CCCUGGCCCCUCCCUGGCUCCUCCUCCUUCCCCCCUCCUUCCUCCCCAUCAGAUGCUCCCUAGACAGGCGGCUAUUUCUCAGGCGCAGCAGGAGACUCAUUUAAAGGGGGGCUCCUCUCUUUCAUACAAUGCACCCCUCCAUUGGAUUUUGCCGGCAGAGACAUUGGCUUCUGCAUCUGCAUCCUGGUACCCAGGCCGGGCACACCUGGUGAUUAUUUCUCUCUUUUUUUUGGGAGGGGGGAUUACAUCUCCCUCCCGGGACCUGGAGAGAGGGGCUUCCUUACCAUAACAACACAAGGCUGCUGCUUUAGACCCCCCUCCCCAUUUAUUUAUUUAUUGCUAUGCCUUUUGGGGACCCCCUGGAGCAUCCCGAAUAAGGCCGGAUCAGCGCUCUACCUGGACGACUUAAGGAGGCUCAGAAAGGAGGGGGCACCCCCAAUUAUCACAGGGGACCAUUGAAGAAAAGGGUGCAGGAUGCAGCGGAGGCUCCUUUAAUGGCCCCAGGGGUUCAGGUAAGGGGGGACCCAAAGGGUGACGAGCCCCAUCAUGAUGAUCCUUUUGGGGAACCCUUUUGGGUUUUGGGCACCUCUUGACAUGAAACCCUAAAGCAAGAAGGAAGUCGAAUCAGAAGAAGGACCUAAAGGUCAGGGGGGGGGUCUUGAUUCCAAGGGACCCCCCAAUUGCAUCUACUUGCCAUUACCCGCUUUCCCCAAUUUGGCUGCUUUGUGUCCCCUGUUUAUUGAGUUUAGAGAAUAGGAACUUCCAACUGGGUUCACCUUCUGCUUUUGGGGAAAGGGGUUUCCUCCUCUUCCGAUGGCCCUUGAGUUGCCCCCUUGACCCUUAAAGGCUCCCCACCUGCGUUGGGUGACCGGAAGGGGGGCAUUAGGGUCCCUUUGGCCAAUCGGACGGGCCUUGAGUUGCCCCCUUGACCCUUAAAGGCUCCCCACCUGCGUUGGGUGACCGAAAGGGGGGAUUAGGGUCCCUUUGGCCAAUUGGACAGGCCUUGAGUUGCCCACUUAACCUUCAAAGGGGUGUCAAAAGGCUCCCCGACUGCACUGGGUGACCGAAAGGGGGGAUUGGGGACCCCUUGGCCAGUUGACACCAAAUACUCUUCCUAGGGUCAUCCAAGAGGGCAAAAGGGGAGAAUUGGGGAUCAUAGAUAGAUAGAUAGAUAGAUAGAUAGAUAGAUGCCACCAAGGGUUCUUCAUAGGGUCACCUUAGCUGUUGAAGGCAAAAAGGGGGGAUUGGGGACCCUUUGGCCAAUCGGACGCUGCCAAAAACUCCUUGUACGGUCACUGAAGCCAUUGGGGGCGAAAGGGAGGGGAUUCAGGACCCUUUAUCCACCCUUUAGCUCCUUUUAAGGUCAUCCAAAGUGGCCAAAGAGCAGGAUUGUCCAUCUGGACGCCACCAAGAGCAUUUGGUGCGCCUCUGGUUCUUGCCCCUUGCUUAAGAAACCUUAUGUGAUCUAUUGAGUUGCCAUAAGAGGCCACUUUGAGGCGCAGUUGGGGCAACGUUGAACUUAGCCGCGCCAAAGCGGGUUGUCCUUUGCCACCUCUCGGUAGGUGACUCCCACUGGCCAAGAUGGUGGGACCAUGAGAGAGGUUGUCUCUGUUGAAUCUGCUACAGUGUUCCCUCACUUAUCGCGGGUGUUACGUUCCAGGACGACCCAUGAAAAGUGAAAAUCCGCGAUGUAGGGAGGCAAAACCCGCAAAACAGCAAGUCCGCGAAAAGCGAACCACGAAGUAGCGAGGGCACACUGUAUUGAGUUGCCAACCCAGUUUUACCUUGAUUGGACCCUUGUUUAGUUUGUCUCCAACUCCUGCCCCUUCCCUAUGUGAUCAAUGGGGUCGCCAUAGACCCAAAGUCAUCCCACCAGAGACCGGUCAGUGGUCCGUUGCCACCGCCGCCGCCAUGGGCACGGUGCUGUCCCUUUCCCCGUCCGCCCGGAAGGCCAGCCUUUACGACAACGACAACGACACCGGCGACUCCUGCAGCUCUUUGGCGCACUACCCAUCCUUGACCGGGGCGAAGGGCAGUUCCCAGAAGCCGGAGAAGACCCUCAAGCGCCACUCCAUCUUCAUCCCGGCCUUGACCUGGAAGCGGUUGGUGGCCUCCACGAAGAAGCGGGGCUCCCGCUCGAGCAAGGCCUCCGCGCACAACAACAACCACCAUCAUGCUCCUCUUCUUCACCACGGUGCCAAGGAGGUGGCCCACCUCAACCACGAAAACGUCAAGAAGUCCCUUUCCUGUGCCAACCUUGCCAGUUUCGACGGCGAUUCCGGCCAGGCUCCGUCGGCGCCGCUGAGCACCAAGCGCAUCCCGGUUUCUUCUACGCUGAAGCCCGGAACUGGGGGAACAUCUUCUUCCCCGCGGAGGGUGAUUGUCCAAGCGUCCACCAGCGAGCUGCUGAAGUGCCUGGGGGAGUUCCUGUGCCGUCGCUGCUUCCGGCUGAAGCACCUGUCGCCCACGGAGCCCAUCCUGUGGCUGCGCAGCGUGGACCGCUCCCUGCUAUUGCAGGGCUGGCAAGACCAGGCAUUCGUGACUCCAGCCAACGUGGUCUUCGUGUACCUGCUCUGCCGGGAGACCCUAGACGGGGACGAGGUGGGGGCCGAGCACGAGCUGCAGGCCGCCCUGCUCACCUGCCUCUACCUGUCCUACUCCUACAUGGGCAACGAGAUCUCCUACCCGCUCAAGCCUUUCCUGGUUGAGACCUCCAAGGAGGCCUUCUGGAACCGCUGCCUGCGCAUCAUCCACGCCAUGAGCGCCAAGAUGCUACGCAUCAAUGCUGACCCGCACUACUUCACGCAAGUCUUUGCCGACCUCAAGAACGAAGGCAGCGCCGGCGCCGGAGGAAAAGGCCGGGAAGAAUUCACCCGCCUCCUGGACCGGUGACCGCUUGACCACUGGACAUUUCCUGCCCACCUCUCGGACUUGAUUUCCCUUCCUAAGCAUUGCACUGGAAACUCAACACUCCUGCCCACUUCUUGGACCAUCAGUUGAACGUUCCUGCCCUUGAACCCAUGGCUGGACUUUCCUACUGGUCACUGGACAUGACAUUCUCACUUGGACAUAUCAUUGGAUGUUCCUGGCCAGUUCUUGCACUGGAAUCUGGGCUUUACUGUCCAGAUCUUGGACCUAUCAUUGGAUUUUUGAACCAAUGGCUGGACUUUCCUGCUCAGUUCCUAAACAGGUUUCUGGAUGUGACCUUCUCGCUUGGACCUAUCGUUGGAUGUUCCUGCCCAGUUCUUGCACUGAAUCUGGACUUUCCUGUCCAGAACUUGGACCUAUCGUUGGAUUUUCUUGCCCAGAUCUUGGACCACGAUCUGGACCUUCCUGCUAAGUUCUUGCAGCUGGAUUUCCCUUCUCGUUGGAUGUUCCUGGCCAGUUCUUGCACUGGAAUCUGGGCUUUACUGUCCAGAUCUUGGACCUAUCAUUGGAUUUUCUUGCCCAGAUCUUGGACCAGGAUCUGGACAUUCCUGCUAAGUUCUUGCAGCUGGAUUUCCUCUCUCGUUGGAUGUUCCUGCCCAGUUCUUACACUGGAAUCUGGACUUUCCUGUCCAGAUCUUGGACCUAUCAUUGGAUUUUUGAACCCAUGGCUGGACUUUCCUGCUCAGUUCCUAAACAGGUCACUGGACAUGACAGUCUUGCUUGGACCUAUCAUUGGAUGUCCCUGGCCAGUU